UCUCUUCUGAUUGUCUUCACGGAUUAACAGAUGUGCUUGGGUUGAAGAAACUGAUUCAUUUCUUGAUGGAAAGAAAAACCUCUUUCCGCUUUUCACUCAUUUUUCUAUCUGUAGGAUUUUCCCUGACAGCAGACCAAAUGUUUGCAAGCAUGAAUAUCAGCUCUGUUUCUUUGGCAGAUCAGAGGCAUGAUGGAGAUAUGAAGACAACCCUUCAUUUCAAAUCAAAACCAACUCUUCAGGGCAUCAACUACAAUCUCAUCAAAAAAGGAAAUCUCGAGAGAGAACCUUGGAAGACCUUUAACCCCAGCCAUCUCAUUCCCAUUAAUGUCUCAGUCAAUGGAACUCCUUGCAUUCUCUUCUGGGCUAAGAGGAUAACAAUUAAGUUUAAAAAUCAGCCUUUGUUGGACCUCACAGAUAAAACAUUUGGAAAAGAAGCAAGAGUGGAUGUUGGCAAUUCAAAUUGUAGUGAAGAAAAUGCCAUGCUUUCCCUGAAAUUUGGUGAUAUUGACAAUCUAAAAGGACUUGACAUCAGAUUCAUCUUGAUCAACUAUAACAGAUUGUCUGUUCAGAGCUGGUUUAGUUUACACAGAGUUCAGAUUCUUUAUAAUAAUUCAAUCCAAGCAACUUUUAAGGCAACUCGCAUCCAUGCUCCAUCAAAGUAUUCCUAUCACUGUCAGCAUGUCAGCAGUCUGCAGAGAUAUGAUGCACUUUUGGUGCCUAGCUCCACAAAUGAUGUCUCAAGGCUAUGGGAAGUCACUUUUAUUGAUUUUCAGAUUCAAGGCUUUAAUGUCAAGGAGGGCCAGUUUGCUUCUGCCAGGGACUGCGCCUCCUUCUUCUCGCCUGCCAUUCUGAUGGGCCUGGCUAUGUCCCUGAUCCUGCUGCUGGUGCUGGCUUAUGCCCUGCACAUGCUGAUCCACCUGAAGGCCCUUGACCGGCACUAUGACCGCAAAGCUUCGCCUGCCUACUUUGUGCCCAUGAAAGACCUCGAGGUGACCACGGAAGAGAAGGAGCCACUGAGGAACCAUGGGCACGACUGUCAUGAGCUGAGAAGCCCGCACAUCUGCAACAUUUAUGUGUAGUAGUCUUCCCUCCCUCGGGCACGACCAGCUUGUGGGUUUGUCUCUGCUACUUUGUGUGUCAUUUUACUUGCAAAUUAGCUAAAGGUUUUCAUCAGAUGACUCUCGAUUUAAAAGGAAAAGAAGAGAAGGGGAAAAAUGGAAAAGAGAAGGAAGGAAAGGAGAAAAGAAGAAAAAAAGAAGAAGUGACCCCUUGGUUGUUCUGCUUAGUAUCCUAGAUGCCCUCUGAGCCUUGUACUAGGAUUCUCCUGGAACAGACACUGUAUGGUCCAAAGCUUGCUUUGAAGCCACAGAAAGCAAGCACCCCAUUACCAGUCUAGAGUAAGACGGGACCUGAGGGUCCAACCUCUUCAUUUUAUAGAUAAGGCUGGAUGGUUAUUACGGGGCACAGAUGGAAUUGGAACACAGGUUUUCUGCUUCCAAAUAUUUCCACUAAAUAUGUUUAAAGAACCUAAGAAAGGGAACAUAUACCUAAAAGGAGGAAGCCAUGUAGAAUGGGAACCAUUUUUGUCUUUUCAAAGUCUGCUGAGAAAAAGCUUUGCAGGGGGCAAGGUGGUACAAUGGAUAGAGCCCUGGCCCUGGAUUCAGGAGGACCUGAGUUCAAAUCUAACAUCAGACACUUGACAUUUACCAGCUGUGUGAUCCCAGGCAAGUUGCUUAAGCCUUAUUGCCCUGUAAAAAAAAACAAAAAACAAAACCCAAAAGAAAGAAAGAAAGAAAAGAAUAUAAAAGAAAAAGCUUUGCAAUCUUCAUUGACCUAUUUAGAGAAGAUGACUCCAGAAUCCAGCAGAGUACUUUAUUUUGCGGGGGGCAUCCCUGACCUUUUGAUAUUGGAUCUGACAUUCAGGGCAACAUUAUGAAAUGGGGCCAUUUGUGUGAUACCUCUGAUAUCUUCUGUAAAGCCCCCUUUCCUCUCUUUUUCCCUCUCACACUUAUGUCUAUGUCCUACAUGCAGAUCUAUUCUGUGUCCCACUCUCAAUAAUCCUAUCAAUCCUUAAUAAAAUAUUUGCUUGGAGAAGGUCCCUUUUAUAGGCUUUUUUGACAUCUUAAUGAGAGAGUCUUAGGAAACCCCAAAGCCUUCAAAUCUCAAAGACCAUAUGAAUUAAGCUAUGCUGGAGGGAUACAGGUAAUAGGAUUGAUAUUUCUGAACAGUGGUCAGAAAUCCUUUUAUCUCUUCAAACCUUUUAUCUCUUCAAACAAGUUGCCUACUUAUAAGGCUAGACCUGAUGCCAUUUAUCUUGGCUGAGACAUUCUGGCUUCUUUCUUGUUAUGCCACCCUAUACAACAUUUUCUUUUCCUUGCCUUUUGCAUCUUUCAGACACAUACAUUUGGUGAGGGAUGAGAGAAGGUAACUAACCAGUGAUUAUAUAGAAAUCCCCAAAUCUGCCAUGCAAUUAGUAGGCUUUCUCCUUGGCUGAGUGAGCUGAGGGUUUUAGAAUGCACCAAUAAGCUUGAUUCAGAACUCCCAGAUGGGUGAAACCAAACUGAUGUGGCUCUGCUGUGGAGGGUCUGGGUUAGGGGGGGGCAAGAAGCUAGCAUCUUCUCUGUGGUGCUGGGAGGGAGUGAGAUGUUAUGAUGUGUGCUCUCAGACUAGAAAGAAUCAUGAAAACUGAACUAGGCUUGAGGAACUUUUAUUAAAGAUGACAUCACAAAGCUAAAGUAUCACUUCAUCUCUCUGGCUAGUUGUAAUUUUUUAAUAUUCACUUAAAAUUUUUUUAAACAUUCCAUAGUUUUUCUUUAAUAAUAAUUAAAUACAGUCAAGAUAAGUUUCCAUGUUAUGGAGGUCCACACAACAUGCAUCUCAUUUUGCAUAUUCAUACCCCUCUGUCGGGACUCAGAUAGCAUUCCUUAUUCUCUGGAAUCAUGAUUGAUCCUUUCAUUGAUCAGAGUUCUUAAGUGUUUCAAUAUUGUUUAUUUUUACAAUGUUGGUAUAAAUUGUUUUCCUGAUUUUGCUUACUUCAUUCAGCAUCAGUUCCUAUAAGUCUUCCCAGGUUUCUCUGAAAUGGUCCCUUUUAUAAUUUUAUGUAGUAUUCUAUUAUAUUCAUAUACCAUCAUUUUUUUCAGCUCUUUCACAAUUGGUGGG